UCCAACGACCAACACAAGAUUAGAAACCAAGGCUGAUGGCUUAUAAGCAGCUACUAGGAGACUGGGACAAAGGUAUCCUCGCCCUUGAGAAAGGCAAUCUGGAUACUGCCUUGGACAUCUUUCGUGGCAUCGAGAAUCCUCCUUCCAAGAUACAUUUCAACAUUGGCUGUCUCUAUCUCCAGCGAGGACAGCUGGAUCAAGCUCUGGAGGCUUUUGAUCAAACGCUUUCCAAAGACAAUUGCUUAGCCGUGGGUUUCUUCCAAAGAGGUUACGUUCAUUUGCAGCUGGGCAGGUAUGAGGAAGCUUUGAAAGAUGCGAAGCAGGCUCUGCGGUUUCUCGGGAAUAAUACUUGCAUCAAUUACAAACAGCUGGGUUUGUCCUUUGUGCUCUGCACCCCGGAGGUUCUGCACAACAUGGCAGCCACUCACUGCAGGCUUGGAAGCUGGCACGAAGCGCGGGAAACUCUGGAAGAAGCAGCCAGACAAAUGCCCCAAAGGCAAACAGCAAUUGCUUUGAAGCAAGUAGAGGAUCAUCUCUUCCUGGAACCUCAGUCCGUCCCACCAGGGAGAAUGUUUAGGCCUCCCUUGCAGGCUGAAGAGUUGAAAGAGAAGGACUAUCUCGGUGAAUCUAAGGUCAUUUCUUCUGCCUUUGAGGACUCCAGCAUUGAUGCUUCCCAUAAGAAGAUCAUCCAAGGAAUCCCACCUCCACCGGAAAUGACACCUCCUGGUCUUCUUCACGAGAAUCAAAAGGACUGGACGCCAGAAGAGAGAGAAGAUGAAACUGGCUCAAAAAAUUCCAAAUCGGAAUGUUUUCCAGAGUCACGACCAGUGGGUCCCACGAACGACGGUUUCUACUUACAAGUUCAUGGUUCUUUCAUUAUCAAUCGAAAAUUGAUAAGGUCCCAUCCCUGGCAGAACUCAGGGUCAUUUUACAAGAAGAAUAUCUUCGGCAGGUGGCCACCAUGAAAGUGAGGUACAAAGCUUCGGGAAGCCCUGAUUUCAUCACUAUUAACAGCGAUGGACAACUGAUGAAUUUAUGCCAAGAGGCACAAAAUAACAAACUGACCCUUUGGUGCCAGGGUGAAGAAGCGAACAGGCCCGUCCUUUACCGCAUGGUGGGGCAACGUUCUUACGCCUCUGAUGCACCAGAAGACCUGAAUUUCAAAGAAGGGGAAGUUCUUGAGAUCCUGUCUGAAGUGAAUGGGGAAUGGCUGGAAGGCCGAUGCAAUGGAAUGCGGGUAUUUUCCCUAAACUCUUCGCGACGCUCUGAACGCCCGGUGGUCACCCACUUUUAGAGGAGGAAGAAAAAAAGGUCUCAUUUGCUGACACUGAGACUCAGUUUCCUUGCUGUUGAUGAGAUAUGACGUUGGGGAGUGGGGGGGGGUGCUCUCUGAACUUGCUUGUUUUCUUGCAAAUGUUUCAUGACCCAACUAGGCUACCUCAUCAGUUCUAGGAGGAGGAGGAGGAGGGGGAGGGGGAGGAGGAGGAAUAGUUAGAUGGCUUUGGUGAUCUCUGUGCUUCCUGGUUUUCUUACAGACAUUUCACGACCCAACUAGGUACCAUUAUCAGUGCUAGAAGGCAGUGGGGGUUGUUCUCUUAUACAACUCAAAGGAGAUAAUUACAAAUCCAUUUGAAUUUUCAGACUGCGCCAAUGGAAAUGAAUAUUGGCAGCUCAGGUUUGAACUGGAUUUGGUGCCGUCUGGUUUGAUGGCUUUCUUGCAGGCGUUUCACGACCCAACUAGGUAUCACCAUCAGUGCUAAGGGGUGGAGAGUGGGUUUUCUAUCUUUUCGGGUGCACACGCAGCGCCCUUCGUUAAGGGUAGUCCUUGACUUACCACAUAACUGGCACCAUACUUUCCAUUGCUAAGCAAAGUAGUUGUUACAUUGAGUCCAAUUUCACGACCUUUUCGCCUACGGUCGCUAAGCAAAUUGCUGCAGGUUUAAGGGAUUCAUAUGGUCAUUAAGCAGACCGACUUCUCUCAUUGAGUGUCGGAAGCCGGUUGGGGCCGAUGCCAGGAACGCUGCAACCGUCAUCAGUCCAUGCCAGUUUCCAAGUGGCCCAAAGUUUGAUCAUGUGACCAUGGGGAUGCUACGACGGUUGUAAGACUGAGGACCAGUAAUGCUGACAUUACUGUCGAACGGCAGUAAUGUCGCAAUAACCCACCCCUGGCCUCCAUGUGCCAUUUUGGGCAUGCGUGUCAUAGGUUCGCCACAACCGUACUAGAAGAUAUUCUAGAAGACAUGUUAAGAAGGAAAUGAAGAGAUUUCACUGUAUAUGUAUUAUAAUUUAUGGAAGAAUAUUGCACAGAUAUUUGUGCCCAGGCAAUACACUGCUUAAGAAAAGAUGGAAUGUAUGUGUUUCAAAAUUGAAAAAUAAAAAAAACUUUUCUAAAAAGAUGUUUCCUUCUUAAACGGCAUCCUGUUUUUCUCCUCGUCGAAACGUGUUUUUUUUUUUCCUAUCGGGGACGUCUCAUCGUACAGAAGUUUGAAGAUGUCACACACCCACACAGGCACACACCCCACACCCAGCGCACCGCCCAGCUCGACAAUUUGGCGGCUGACAGGUUCAAUAAAU